GCCAUUGUUUAUAAAUUUAAAAAUUUCCAGAAAUUUUGUGGCAAUUUGUGCAAAUUACGACCCAGUUAAGUUAUGUUGUUAAAAUUUAUAUUAUUUUUAUAUAUUCUCUUUUCGUGUUUCUGCAGAAUUGCCAGCUGAUUUUUUUAACUCGUGUAAAGAGUUUACAACAAACUUGCUGUCGCGACUUUUACAGUAAACUAUUCCUCUAAAAAGAUAUUUUACUCUUUAUAAAUGUCUUAUUUAAAACAUUGACAACACUGCUUGCUGUAAAUAAUUUUGGCAGAUUGUGCUUGGUUUUGCUUCUGGGAACAACAUAAAUUGUUUAUAAGAUAUGCUGCCACUUUCACUUUUGAAGACAGCUCAAAAUCACCCUAUGCUAGUUGAAUUAAAGAAUGGUGAAACUUACAAUGGACAUCUAGUUAGUUGCGAUUCAUGGAUGAACAUUAAUUUGCGCGAUGUUAUAUGUACGUCAAAGGAUGGCGAUCGCUUUUGGCGCAUGCCCGAAUGUUACAUUCGUGGUAGUACUAUUAAAUAUUUGCGUAUACCCGAUGAAGUGAUAGACAUGGUCAAAGAAGAUGCACAAGCAAAAUCAAGAAAUCGAGCAGAAAUGAGUAAAAGUAGGGGUGGCGCACCGGGUGUUAUGCAGAAUCAAAGAGGUCGCGGAAGUGCUCGCAAUAGUUUUAAUAAUAGAAGUACAGGUGUUGCUACCGGAAAUGGCCCUUUACGGCCAUCAGCUAAUAAUCACAGGUUAAUGCCACAAUCCAGCAAAAAUCGUAAAUAAAAAUCUUAUAAAAACAGGUGCUCAUUAAUUGAUUAUCUAUACAGAAAGCAAUGAAGUCGUCGGUAAGUCUUUUCUUUGUCAUAAAUGAAUCACUAUUUUAUAGGUAACAUACUUAUCUGUACAAUUUCUUUAUUACUCGGAGAAGUGAAUGACAAAAAAAGUUUAUCGGGACUAUCUAUUUGUAAAAGAAAGUAGCAACGAUUUCCUUCUUGGCAAAAAUACUAAUCGCCUAAUGAAAGGACAUUUUCAGGAGAGUAGACAGACUUACAAAUGGACAUGGCUACCUAGACUGUGAACAUAUCCUUCGCAUAAGAUUAAGUGAAAGAAAUGUGUAGACCCGGAAAAUGUGAAACUCAAAAUUAGAAUAAAUGAAGGUGUUUUAACUGAUUAUGCGACAACUACAUUAGAACGUUUAGCAUUUUGACUAUUAACAAACUGCGCCUUCUUAUAACCUAUAUCACCUAUGAUAUAUAUUGUAUUAUCUUAUAUUUUAUCUGUAUACUACAUUAAGGCGUAUAUACUUAUAUAUUUUUCAUUAAUUUUGCACAUUUGGGUUUGGUGAGCAAUCAAUGUCAAUAGAAACCAGCUGAUAAUCACAUGUUCAAACUAACUUCUAUCGCUCUAAUAGAAUUGUG